AUGGCCCUGGAACAGGCGCUGCAGGCAGCGCGGCAGGGCGAGCUGGACAUACUCAAGGCCCUCCAUGCUGCCGGCCAGCUGGGGCCCUCAAUGCGCGACCCGCUGGACGCGCUGCCCGUGCACCACGCGGCCCGUGCGGGCAAGCUGCACUGCCUGCGCUUCUUGGUGGAAGAGGCCGCCCUGCCCGCCACUGCCCGCGCGCGCAACGGCGCCACGCCAGCCCACGACGCCGCCGCCACCGGCCACCUCGCCUGCCUGCAGUGGCUGCUCUCGCAGGGCGGCUGCCGAGUAGAGGACAAAGACAAUUCUGGUGCCACAGUCCUGCAUCUGGCUGCCCGCUUCGGCCACCCCGAGGUGGUAAACUGGCUGCUGAAUCAUGGCGGUGGGGACCCCACCGUGACCACAGACACAGGCACCCUGCCUGUCCACUAUGCUGCCGCCAAAGGAGACUUCCCCUCCCUGAGGCUGCUCAUCAGACACUACCCUGAGGGAGUGAAUGCCCAAACCAAGAAUGGUGCCACGCCCCUGUACCUGGCGUGCCAGGAGGGCCACCUGGAGGUGACGCAGUACCUGGUGAAGGAGUGUGGCGCAGAUCCGCACACGCGUGCUCACGACGGCAUGACCCCACUGCAUGCCGCCGCGCAGAUGGGCCACAGCCCUGUCAUCGUGUGGCUGGUGAGUUGCACCGACGUGAGCCUGGCGGAUCAGGACAAGGAUGGCGCCACGGCCAUGCACUUCGCGGCUAGCCGCGGCCACGCCAAAGUGCUCAGCUGGCUCCUGCUGCACGGGGGCGAGAUCUCAGCGGACCUGUGGGGCGGGACCCCGUUGCACGACGCCGCAGAGAACGGGGAGCUGGAGUGCUGCCAGAUCCUGGUAGUGAAUGGCGCGGAGCUGGAUGUCCGCGACCGUGACGGGUACACGGCUGCCGACCUCUCGGACUAUAACGGCCACAGCCACUGCACCAGCUACCUGCGCACCGUGGAGAACCUGAGCGUGGAGCACCGCUUGCUGUCCCGGGACCCAUCCGCUGAGCUGGAGCCAAAGCAACCUGACUCGGGCAUGUCCUCACCCAAUACCACCAUGUCGGUCCAGCCGCUGAACUUUGACCUCAGUUCGCCCACCAGCACUCUCUCCAACUACGACUCCUGCUCCUCUAGCCACUCCAGCAUAAAGGGUCAGCACCCUGCCGGUGGGCUUCCCAGUGCAAGGGCUGCAGACAUACAGACUUACAUGGACAUGCUGAAUCCGGAGCUGGGCCUACCUCAGGGCAAUAUGGGGCAACCCACACCUCCACCGGCACCGCCACCCAGCUUCCCCCCACCACCCCCACCCCCAGGCACCCAACUGCCACCACCCCCACCGGACUACCCAGCCCCCAGACCCCCUGUGGGGCUCCAUGCAGCUGACAUCUAUGUGCAGACCAAGAACAAACUGCGUCAUGUGGAGACUGAGACCCUCAAGAAGGAGUUGAGUUCCUGCGACGGCCACGACGGACUGCGGAGGCAGGACUCCGGCCGCAAGCCCCGCGCCGUCAGCAAGCAGCCCAGCACCGGGGACUACUACCGCCAGUUGGGCCGCUGCCCCGGGGAGCCGCUGGCCGCGCGCCCGGGCAUGGCGCACAGCGAAGAGGUGCGUGUCCGCCAGCCCGCUCCCGCAGACCGCCCUGGGCCGGACCACAUCGUCCGCCGCUCACUCGCCGGCCCCUCUGCUCCCCCGCAGGCGGCACUGCUCUCCGGGAACCACGUGCACAACGGCUGCGCCGUCGACCCCAAGGGGUCCAGGGAGCUGCCUCCGCCGCCGCCGCCGCCGCCGCCGCCCCUGCCUGAAGCCCUGAGCUCGCCGCCGCCGGCGCCACCUCUGCCCUUGGAGGGAGCGGGCUCUGGCUGCGGACAGCGCCGCUCUUCCUCGUCCACUGGCAGCACCAAAUCUUUCAACAUGAUGUCCCCGACGGGCGACAACUCGGAGCUGCUGGCUGAGAUCAAGGCGGGCAAGAGCCUGAAGCCGACGCCUCAGAGCAAGGGACUGACCACAGUGUUCUCGGGUAGCGGGCAGCCGGUCUCCCAGCCCGACUCGCCGCUGCCGUUGGUGUCGCCUGCGCUGCCUUCGCGGGCCCGCAGCCCCACCCCGUCAGCCGCCGGUCCGCAGCCACUGCUCAAUGGCAGCUUGGUGCCAGCGCCGCCCGCCACCCCGGCGCCAGGCGUGCAGCUCGAUGUGGAGGCCCUCAUCCCCACGCACGACGAGCAGGGCCGGCCCAUCCCCGAGUGGAAGCGCCAGGUGAUGGUGCGGAAGCUGCAACUGAAGAUGCAGGAGGAAGAGGAGCAAAGGCGAAAGGAGGAGGAGGAGGAGGCCCGGCUGGCCAGCAUGCCUGCCUGGAGGCGGGACCUCCUGCGGAAGAAGCUGGAAGAAGAGAGGGAGCAGAAGCGGGAAGAGGAGGAGCGACAGAAACAGGAAGAGCUGCGUCGGGAGAAAGAGCAGUCCGAGAAGCUGCGGACGCUGGGCUACGACGAGACCAAGCUGGCGCCCUGGCAGCGACAGAUCAUCCUGAAGAAGGGGGAUAUCGCUAAGUACUAGGCGUCGCGGCCUCCUGCCUGCACCCUGGCGUGCUCGCGGCCUCAG